CUACACGCACACCGCCACAUAAAAAAAGCCGUGAAAGAUCCGAAGUAAUCAUUAAAAAUGGCCGUAAUCAGAUUAGAUUAAGGGAGUUGCCGUACUAGAUGCUAAUAGUGACUAUGUUAACAUAAAAUGAUUUUUGUUUUAAAAACGCUGGAAUAGUUGGCAAGGAUUUAGAAGCCCUGGCCGUUUAACGUCAGGCGCGAACGCCGUUACGUCGGAAGAGCCGGUGGCACAGCAGCAACUUUACCCCCGCUGGAAGAAGCUCUAUUAUCAAGCGCCUCCAUAUCGGAAAGAAAGGAUGGGAAGAACAACUCAGAGAAGCUUGAAGCCAAGUUCGCCUUGAGUGCUGUUGCCGGUGUCAAAAGGUUGGCGUGCUUAGCUAAGCGUGUGACCCAGCACACAUUCGUGGAACAGUGUACACGGCCGCCGCCGUCGCCGAGACAUCAUAUCCGUAUUAAAAGCGAAAAUAAUCCCGAGUGUCGAAAUUAGCGCACGUAUCAUCAUUCGGUGGCUCCCUUAAGAUCCAGCCAGCGCAAGGAUUUUUUUCUGCUCUCCUCCUUCGUUAUAAAGUCGCCAUUUUGCUUCACUGCCUGAAUAAACCAUCCGGUGGUAUUCCAAUAUUUUUACUCAAGGAGUGGAGGAUUUACGCCUCUUUUCUGGCUAUUUUUGGAGUGUUUAUAUGCAAGCUUGGAGCGGUGCCUCGUGGUAUAUACAUAUUAAUGCAGCAAAGGAAGGGGCCACGGCCACACUUAAGUCUCCUGGAUUGUUUGCGAUUUUUUUCCCCCCCCCGAACCUACACGCAAUUUUCCGUUUUCUCUUCUUCAACCCCUUUGCCCUCGUUGACGUUGGGAGACGUGAAGGAGGUGCAGGACGACGGUGUGUGUGUGUCUCGCCACCAUCACAAACGCUGUGACCGUCGCUUGACACACAGCAGGUGGGGAUUGCAAUGUAACAAAACAUCGACAGAUAAACGCCAUAUACAGUGCCUGUCUCCGGAUCCCCACUUCGUUACGGGGGCUGACCUGGGUCAGCUGUGGCUGAGCGGCCAACACUCCAGGCAUGGAAAACCCCAGUGGCACGAGGCUCGCAAAGCUGUCAGCAUCAGGCCUUCCAAGGAUCCGGACAUCCAAACAUGGAAAUCCGCAGGAGCCCGUCAGAACUGUGCCAUGCCCUGAAAACAACAUCAAACUCACACACACGGUGUGUGACGAUGCAGGAGAGGGGAAGAGGAAAGGUUGUCCUAAAGCAGAAGAGCAGGAACUGCGAACCAUCCCUGCCCACGUGAUGGUACAGUGGAAGGAAGAGUUUAAACGUCGCUCCAGAGUUAAAUGUCCAUGGUCAAGCUGCCAGUUAGAGUUUCCAAGCAUCUAUGGUGUAAAGUACCACUAUCAACGCUGCCAAGGGACCGCAGUAGCUGAGAAGCGGAGUCAUGGCUGUCCUUAUUGUGAGGCAGUGUUUAUAACAAAGGUGCGCCUACAGAAACACAUGCUGUGGAACCACCCAGACAGGGUUAGUUUAGAAACAAAGGAUGAGCAGCCUAAGUUUCAGAAGACCCCUGUCAAGUCCAGCACCGUAAAAAGGGCCCUGGAGAACAACCCUCCAUCACCAGUGUUCUUCAAAGUGAAAAAGACACUGGAGGUGUCCAGCCCUUCUCGAAAUGGAGAGCUGACCCACCAGAGGAGUGAAAGGAAACAGCAUAGUCAGCCGUCACUGCAGAGUCACCAGUCCCCGUCAGCCCAGCCUCAAAUUAAGCAGUCUCAGUCCCAAACCACAUCCUCUGAUGCAGGGGGUAGUGAAAGCGAAUGUGGCAGCCUGCCGCCAUCUUAUCCCGAUGAAGACCCGGAACGAAUGAAACAUAGACGGAAGCAGAAAACACCUAAGAAGUUCACUGGAGAGCAGCCUUCGAUCUCUGGAACAUUCGGAUUGAAAGGUAUGACUAAAGUGGAGGAGAAGCUCAAGGCAAGUCGCAUGAAGAGACGGGAUGGGAAGGGAUUUACUGAGGAGCCUCACAGACGACCAACUUCAAAUCAGUCCUCCACAAAACACACAGCCACCACCAGUUCAGGUACUGUUCCUGACCUUCAAUGGCAGAAAGCAAUUUCAGAGCGAGGUGAAGUUGUGUGCCCCACCUGCUCAAUUGUCACCAGGAAAACUAUCCACGGCCUGAAGAAACACAUGGAGAUUUGCCAUAAGCUCCAAGAAGCCCUGAAGUGCCAACUGUGCCACAAACAAUUCAGGUCCAAGGCAGGCCUUAACUACCACAACAUGGCAGAGCACAACUCCAAGUCCUCAUGGAGUGAGGCCCAGAUUAACAACGAGCAAGAACGAUUACGCCGAAUACUCAAACAGAUGGGUAGACUCAAAUGUCCCAAUGAGGGCUGUUCAGCUCACUUCACAAGUCUAAUGGGCUACCAGUACCACCAGAAGCAUUGUGGACGUGACUUCUGUGAUGUUGAGAAACCCAUGUUUUUGUGCCAGCACUGUGGAAAAGCAUAUCGCUCCAAGACUGGCAGGGACUACCAUGUACGCACUGACCAUUCCCCAGCCAUCACUUCUACACUGACAGCUUCCACCAACUUCAAACUCAAUAGUACUGAUACCAACAACAACACUGGCAAAGAGAGGGUCACCUGUGACAAGUUUACCGGAACGAAGAGAGAGCAGAGCCAACCUGUUUGGCAUGUAAAAACACAGUUAGGUCAGGAGAAGGACAAGGUUAAAGACAGGGACAGUCAAGUGAAGAACAGAGUCAAAGAAAAGGCAACACAGAAUGAAAGCCUCCAAGAGGAUUUCGAACGGACACCUAGUGGCAGAGUGAGGCGCCGGUCAGCUCAAGUGGCAGUGUUCCACCUACAGGAGAUAGCAGAGGAUGAGCUUGCUAAAGACUGGGGCACCAAGCGCCGCAUCAAGGACGACCUUGUGCCUGACAGCAAGAGGUUGAACUACACUCGUCCAGGCCUUCCCAACUUUAGCAGGGAGCUUCUCGAGACCUGGAAGAUUCAAGUCAAGGAAAAUGGCUUCAUCUGCUGCACCAAUGAUAGCUGUGAGGCUGUCUAUUCCAGUGUGUCUGGACUAAAAGCCCACCUUGCCAAUUGUAGCCAGGGAGGUGGAGAACUCGCAAAAUACACUUGUCUAAUCUGUCAGAAGGAGUUUAAUUCAGAAAGUGGUGUCAAGUACCACAUAAGCAAGACACACUCACAGAAUUGGUUCCGUGCAUCCGGUGGUGAAGGGAUUUCCAGCAGCAAGAAUAAAGCACUGGAUGACGACAGCGUUAGAGAAGAGGUGAGGAAUGGUGCCACCACUGGUAAAAAGAGGGGUCGCAAGCCCAAAGAGCACCCCCCAGUGGUUGUUUCUCCCCAAACAGAAACUGAAGAACCGAACACUAAUCACAACUCAGAUGGUGAGACAACCUUGUUCUCUGACUCAACUCAGUCCCCUUCACAAAGCCCUAACUUUACAGACGUUACUAAUCCUGACCUGAUCCAACAGCCCAAUGGCGCUACUGUGCGACAAAGCAAACAGAAGAAGCUAUCAGUGUCUGAGUAGCUCUUUUUUUGUCAACGUAGAAACUACUGAGGAUGCCUCCUCAAUAUGUGGUUGAACUUCACAAGAAACCUAAGCACUGAGAAAACAAAAAUGUGGCUACAGUUUUAAAAAGUACCCAUGGUAGUGGUACUGUUUCCAUUCCACUCCAAUUUCAGUUCCCAUCCUCAGUAGGAUUUUGAGAAAAGGAAAUCAAAAACUUCCGCAGUGUUAACUUCCACAGUAAUAUUUUCUCAACAGGCGGGCUCUUGUGUCCUUUCAGUGGACGGUCACUCACUCCAGAAGACUCACGUACAAAACAAAACACAUUCUCUAAGCAUGGUAAAGUCAUGUCAUGAUGCUAGUGUGUUCACAUUUCUUUCACAGGUAUACUCUGUACAUAAACACAUUUCUCUAUAUAGCUAUAGUAUAUACUCAAAUGGAUGAUGCAGUCACAUUUCAACAUCCAACCCAUCAUUGAUCAUGUGUUCAGAAUGUUUUGUGUUCAAUGUUGUCAUUUUUUCUUACUGCGUUUCAAUGAAGCAAAACAUCUUCAUUAGUUUUGUCUGUGUACCACCUGACGGGUAUACAGUAUCUGCUUUGAAACCCAUAAUUAAGUGGUGAGAGGAUGUGAUAAGAGGAUUUAUGCUGCAGACAUUUGUGAAGAGAAAAUCAAAUAGGGAUUGUAGGUUUUCUGUACACUGUGUCAUCGGGCAUAUUUUAACUGAUUUGAUCAGAAAAUUAAGCUUGAAAUAUUGUCACUAACAUUAGAUUGGCAAAUCCAGCUGUUUGAAGGAAGGAAAAAUUAUUGUGAAGAUCGUUGCACUGUUGCAGCACAAUCAAAAAGGGUAAAAACCUUUUUUUUAACAAAAAAAGUAUUUUGUCUAUUACUUUAUCUUGAAUCAAAGAGAUGAGAAUAGAAUGAAAAUACUAUAUUUUAUAAAGGUUUUGGAGAGUGAUGUUAUAUCAUUGCAAAUCAUACUUCACAUAUAAUAAUAUAUAUGAACUUACACCUGGAUGCUCAAAGAUAUUGCAUUGCACUUUAACCCUUGUAGUUCCCCUCUUGUGAUUUUGCACUCCAAGAUACUUGGUUAACUACAAACCCCAAUUAUAAUGAAGUUGGGAUGUUCUGUAAAACAGAGACAGUGAUUUGCAAAUCCUUUUCUUCCUAUAUUCAAUUGAAUACAUUAGAAAUGAAAGAUAUUUAGCGUUCAAGGUACUGAACAUGGUUGGGGUUAUUACUAUUUCUUUUAUUUUAUUGAUAUUUUUUUGUUUUGAAUUUGAUGCCUGCAAAACGUUCCAAAACACCUGAGACAGGGGUAACAAAAUACUGGGUUCAGUUGAGGAAUCCUCAAACAAUACCCAUUAGGAACAUUUCACAGACUAUCAAAUUAUUUAGAAACAGGUAAGUGUCAUGAUUGGUUAUCAAAGGAGCAUCCCCAAAGGUCUCAGUUGUCCACAGCCAAGGACUUUGUGAACAACUGCAUUAACGAACACUCCAACCGUUUAGGAGCAAUGUUAUACAAUGUACAAUCGCAAGGAAUUUAGGAAGUUCAUCAUCUAGUGUCCAUUUCAUCAAAAUAUUGAGAAUCUGGAGACAUUUCUCCAUUUAACCGCUAAGGCCAAAAACCAACAAUGAAUGCCCAUGGCUCAUGUUCCCUCAGGCGACACUGCAUUAAAAACUUGCAUAAUUGAGUACACGAUAUAACCAUGUGGGCUCAGGAACACUUCAGAUAACUCUCAUUUAACACGGCUUUUCGCUACAUCUACAAAUGCAAGUUCAAAGUUGAAAAGUGUAAGCCAUAUAACAACACCUAGAAGUGCUGCAGGCUUGUCUGAGCCCAAACUCAUCUGAGAUGAUGAAUGUCAUAUUCUUUGGGCCAAAGAGGAAAAGGACCAUCCGGGUUAUCAGCACAACGCUCAAAAGCCAGUAUGUGUGAUGUAGCGGGUCAUUCAGUGUCAAUGGCAUGGGUGACUUGUAUAUCUGUAAAGGCACCAUAAGUCAUAAAAUGUACAUUCAGGUUUUGGAGCAACAUAUGCUGCCAUCCAAGCAACAUCUUUUACAAGGAUUUCGCUAAUUAUUUCAGCUAGACAAUGCCAAACCAAAUUCAGCAUGUUAUAACAGUGUGGGUUUGUGGUAAAAGACUACAAGUACUAGACAGGCCUCCCAGCAGUCCAGGCCUGUCUCCCAUUGAAAAUGCUCAGCUCACUAUUAAGUGUAAAAUACAAAAACAGAGACGCCGGACUGUUGCACAACUGACGUUGUACAUUAGCCAGUAAUGGAAAGGACUGCACCUACGAAGUUUCAACAAUUGAUGCCCUAAGUGAUAUAACAUAGUGGUGAAUAUGCCCCAUUGCAGCUUUUCGGGAAGAUUUACCAUGCAUCAAAUUCAAAAUGAGUGAAUAUUUGAAAAUAAACCAUCAGGCUGAUCAGUUUCAGCAUUACAUGUCUUUGUUGUGUAUUCAGUUUAAUAUUGGUGGAAAAGUUUUCGUAAAUCAUUGUCUCAACUUCAUUGGAGUUUGUAGUUGCUGUCAGACAGGAACUGAAAUAUUUUAUUCUCGGGACAGACUUAGAUUCUAUUUACGCAUUAAUGGACAUCUUUGUGAUAUUAUUCAUAACCCAUCAUGACUAUAUAGUUUUAAUUCACCACACAAAGCCAUAACUGCCACCUCCUGCAAUGAUUGAGUUUUAAAAGAAGUAUGAAUCCAAUUUUAUUAUAUUUCCACAUCUAAAAGUGUGCAAUCAUAGAGUAGUAGCUACUUGAAUCCACUGUUUUAUUAAUGACAUAAACAAAUGACAACUCCGCAAAUGUUUAUGACACCUGUGUAAAAAGGUUCUAGAAAUUGAAAUAGAACUUUUCCCACUUAUUUCUUGGGCCUUAAACUAAAUCUGUUACAACGUAGCAGGUCAACUCAUAACUCCCGUCCUUUAUUCUCCUCCAGAAUUUGUACCUAUAAAUUUUGUUUAACGUCAUUACAAUCUAGCUGUGAUAUCGACGUUGAUGAAUAGUCUAAUUAGAAUCUAUAUUGACACACGUGACUUUUUUUUUUUUAUAUAUAUAUAUAUAUAUAUAUAGUGUAAAGCUCAGAUGUCUCUCCUAUUUGAAAUCAUCUGAGGGCGUAUUCAGGUGGAGAUGAUUAUGCAUGUGUCUGUCUCUCUCUUGAUGGGAUGGACCACUUCCUUCUAUCCAGGUGUAAGCGGUGAAAAUUUAUUAGACAAGCACUGAUUAAUUUCUGUAGCUGAGAAUGUGUAUGUUGGUGUGCGUGUGGAACAUUUAGCACCUUUAUAAUGACUGACAAAUUUAAGAGUGUAAGGCUUUCUUCUGGGUGUUACAAAGUGGCACAGAAUCAACUGUUGGUUACUCAUAUUACAUUAACGUCCCAUUUUCUGGGCAAGCUUUGCUGUUCCGAUAUGAUAGUUUAGCACUGCUUUUACUUGGGUCUUUUAUAUUUUAUUACGCCCUUUAUGUCUUCCUAUGGUAUGGAAAACACAUAUCUAACCCGCAGUGUGCGCUGACUGCAACAUGAUUAGAGAGUAAAGCAAUACACCAUGUUUAGCCGAUUUUGUGUGCUUGCUGAUAAUUAGAUAUUGUCUUCUCAAAAUUGUUUGGCUUUUCUCGGUUGCUGACUUCUUACUUUUUACCACAAACAUAGGCUGCAUUCACUGUUAUUUUAUCUUUUUGAUUAGGAUUUGAUAAGGAUUUUUUUAUUUUAAAUACAUGAUGACAAAUACAUAGGGGGUGUCCUUUAUUCUUACUUAUUCAAUAUGGGACAACAAGGCAUAUGUAUAUGUGUUUGUUUCUGUAUUUAGUGCACUUACUAUACCAUGAAAUAGGCUUGAAAUAGGAGUGUUGUUUGAGCGUUCUAGUGAUCUGGACUGUGUGUGGUGUGAUUUUUGUAACCGGAGAAACAGCAGAAAAUGUCUUCCCUUUGUUGUAUCCUAAAACUGAGGCGAGUUCAAAGAAACGCAGACAAACCGUCUCAGAAUUGUACGCUUUUAUUUGGGCAACAGUGGUUGACUUUGUACGCUACCUACUUUAAAAAUGGCAUUCGCCUAAUUUGCAGGUAUUAUUAUAUUGGAUGAGAGUUUUAAGAGAUGGUGUUGUAGCUCACAAUGGUAAUGUAGUAAAGAUAUCUGAAAUGAAGCUGUGUUGUAUCAAACAGAGGAGCCUGUCUACCUCCUCUGAGUCUCAACUGUUAACAGUUUUGUUCCCAAACAUAUUGUAUGAACUGUUCAUUAGCCCUCAACUAAUAAAGGUUUGUUGAA